GGAUUUGAUAUUUGCUUGGAAACCAUUACUAUUUCUUAGUUUUACACCAUUUGCAAUCAGACGAAGCUGAAGACUUUAAAAAUCAUCCAAAGUCGUCAAGGUCCAUCCCUUUUGUGUUUCGUCUUGCUUAUCUCAUUUAUUUUACUAUAAACAGCAAAAAGAAAUGAAGGACAGGAGGGAGACUUUCAUGGGUGCUGGACAUGUCCUACCUGUUGAUCCGGAUAGAAGAUGCAUGGUUGUAUGGAUGUGUACAAAGUCAUCAACGUGCACACUUAAAAUAUACGCACUGUAUUGUAUUCCUGCUAUACCUUCGCUUAAAAAAAAAAAAAAAAGGUUGAAUGUGAGUUCGGGCGCGAGAAAACCGCAGCGCGCAUGCGUGAGCGUGAACGCGCAUGCGUGAGUGUGAACGCGCUGGGAGGCCGGAAACAAAGGUGGAUGCGCGUGCACAGACGCUCUCGCAGGCCGCCGGAAGCAAAGGCGUGAGCGCGCGUGCGUGCGUGUGCGUGAGCGCGCGGAGGCCGGAAGCGAGCGCUGCGCAGUCGGGUGGUCCCGGGCCAUGGAGGGUAGCUUUUCGGAUGGCGGAGCGCCGCCAGAGGGGCUGGCGGAAGAGGCCGAGCCGCAGGGCGCCGCCUGGAGCGGGGACAGUGGCACUGUGUCCCAGAGCCAUAGCAGCGCCUCGGGGCCGUGGGAGGACGAGGGCGCGGAGGAUGGCGUGCCGGGCCGCGACCUGCCGCUGCUUCGCCGCGCCGCUGCGGGCUACGCCGCCUGCCUGCUGCCCGGGGCUGGGGCGCGGCCCGAGGUCGAGGCCCUGGACGCGAGCCUGGAGGACCUGCUCACCAGAGUGGACGAGUUCGUGGGCAUGCUGGACAUGCUUCGCGGCGACUCGUCCCACGUCGUCAGCGAGGGCGUGCCGCGCAUCCACGCGAAGGCCGCCGAGAUGCGGCGCAUCUACAGCAGGAUCGACCGGCUGGAGGCCUUCGUGAGGAUGGUGGGGGGCCGCGUGGCCAGGAUGGAGGAGCAGGUCACCAAGGCCGAGGCCGAGCUGGGCACCUUCCCCAGGGCGUUCAAGAAGCUCCUGCACACUAUGAACGUGCCCUCGCUCUUUAGCAAGUCUGCUCCCUCGAGGCCACAGCAAGCCGGCUACGAAGCCCCCGUCCUGUUUCGGACCGAAGACUACUUCCCUUGUUGCAGUGAAAGGCCUCAGCUCUGACGGCCUGACCACUGCGGCAAGAGGACCCCAGCUGGGGUGCUUACCUCCAGUAUGAAGUGAAUUGCAAAUCCUGCUCAUGGACAUAUAUGAUGUUGGAGUGUGGGAUUUUAAAGUUUACUUUCUACAAACUCUCCGUAGUAUGUAUAUUCAUGAUUCAGUGUAGAAUGUAUAGACUUUAUGUCUUCCAAUUUUAAAAAAAGAGACACGGUCUUGGUAUGUUGCCCAGACUGUUCGGAAACUCCUGGGCUCAAGUGAUCCUUCCACCUCAGCCUCCCCAGUAGCUGGGACUACGGGGUCGCCACUGCACCCAGCCUGUGUCUUCCAGCUCUAAUCAGAAAGCUGCUUGGCGAGGGCAUGGGGAAUCAAACUGAAUGAAUUUUCUCUGCACUGUGGCAAAACUGUUAUUUUUAUGGAUUUUACUAAACGGCGUUACCUUUUCAAGAUUUCUAUGUUUGUAUAAUCAUAAGAAAAUUGAGCUAUUAAAGCCUUGUUAUUAUUCAAUCCUAA